AUGCCGUACAUUGGUCGCUCGGAGAACAUGUACGAUUACGCGACAGCUUGUCGUCCUGUAGAGUGGCAGGAGACGCACAUUAAAUCAUUGGAUGGAACCGACAUCGCUCUGUGUGUCGGCAGUCUUUCACCCAAGGCAUCAAGGCCAUCUCGUCACCUUGUCAUUUGCUACUUCCAGGGCAAUGGCAGCUCUCCGCCCCCUAGGUUACCAAUGUUGUCGAACGUGCUCAAGUCUAUCGAGACUCAGAUGCCCACGUCGAAUGUGCAUUUUACCAUUGUAGCCCUCGCCUAUCGCGGCUACUGGACGUCUUCUGGCCGCUCGUCGCAGCCAGGCAUCGAGAAGGACGCUCAGGCUCUGCUUCGAUGGGUUAACAACACUUAUGAUGAUCCAAAUGUACAGCUCGGGCUCAUCCUUUGGGGACAAAGCAUUGGAGCGGGAGUCGCUUCUACGGCAGCCGCAGAAUAUAUACGAGAUUCGAAUCUUCCUUGCAAAGCGCCAAUAUCAGGCCUUAUUCUGGAAACCCCGUUCUCCAGCAUAAAGAGUAUGUUGAUUGCGCUCUAUCCACAGAGGUGGCUUCCUUAUCGAUAUCUUUGGCCUUUUCUUUGGAACUUUUGGGACAGCGAACUUGCGUUACGGAAGAUCGCAGAAGCUGAACACCAGUUCAAAGUAUUUUUGAUGUCCGCGACGAGGGACGAGGUGGUUCCACCUGGAGAGGCUGAUAAAUUGGAGCGGCUGUGCAAAGAGCUGGGACUUGAGAUGGAGCGCAAGGACAUCAUUGGAGCGCUGCAUACAGAAGCGAGCACGCGUAGGGAAGGCCAGAACGCCAUUGCUCGCUUUGCUAUUGAGGUAGCAAGCGGUGGCAAAGGAGAUGAAAGGUUCGUACAUGGAAGAGACUCAUACGGGCUCCAUAGGAGAAAAAUGAUGUAA